AUUUGUUCGACGUGAAAUCGCUGUGCUAUUUGCUCGCUUUAUCCGUGCUCAGGCGCAAUAGGCCCUGGUUUCCAUUUCAUAAGCUUAAAAGUUGUUUUUCACGACAUCAGCAGAAACCACGGGCGAUUGCUCCUUCCACUUGCCUCAGACAUCUCGACAUCUCGACCGACCAGCCUGCCAGCCUGCCAGCCUGCCAGGCUCCUGCCUACCUGCCUUGAGGAAAAAUGGCUCCAAGGGAGAAGAAGGGUCAAUUGAAGCGAAAUAGGGUAUGUCGAAGCUUGUUUUGCAUUACUAGUACCGUCCGCGGCUUAUCUGGCGGCGCUGACAGUCAUUGACGCAGGCUGGAGCUUCAGAAGACAGCACCGGUGAUUCCUCGAAGAAACCCCGUCGAUCAACUCGAAUAUCGGAAUCCCAAAGUACACCUGUAUCGCAAAAACAACAUUUGCCAUCGCCCAUAACCCAGCAAGAUUCCAUUUCGUCGACUGAAGCCUUCAAGGAAGGAACAGCAACCCCUCCCGAAGGUCGCCCGAGCCAGCUCCAUCAUCGACCCAUUGACCAGAACUUCAUUGACGGUCAUGGCAUAUCAUCUCCUCCUCAAGAUACACAGGCAUUCUCUCAAUUUGUCUACCCUACGGCUGCCUUGUCGGAAGAAGUACAAGACGAGACGGAGGAGGGGGUCUGGGGCUAUCUCCUCCCUCUUGAUGCAAAGUACGGAAAGUCUUUGGUGUUGAAAAAGCGCAAUGCUUGUCCAUUGCCGGGCAAGAUGGAGGACUUUGGCAAAGACAAGGACCGGAAGUCGAAGAAAGGCAAGGGCAAAGGCAAAGACUUCAAAAAGGAAGAAGAAGUCUACGAAGAUACAAAGAUGAACGGGAUCGCGUCUGGAGGUUACCUGAUAGGGCGGCACCCCGAGUGUGAUCUGAUUAUCGAUGAUCCUAUUGUCUCUAACAGACACUGCCUUAUCUUCACCGAGAAUAAAGGCGGGGACACCGUUGCUGUGGUGGAAGACCUGUCAAGUAACGGGACAUUCGUCAACGAAGCUGUUAUUGGACGAAACAAACGACGAGAGUUAGAAGAUCAAGACGAGAUCACCGUUCUAGAUAAGGCAAGAUUUGUUUUCAGGUACCCAAAGAACCGCGAAACAAGUGCUUUCUUGCAGCAGUACACGCUCCUUGAGAAGCUUGGAAAGGGGCACUUUGCAGAGGUGUUUCUGUGUGUCGAGAAAGCAACUGGUACCCGGUUCGCCGUUAAGAUCUUUACCAAGCAACCGGGCGUGGAAGAACGUUCGAAGACCGAGGGACUGCAGCAAGAAAUUGCGGUCUUGAUGGGCGUAAGCCAUCCUAAUCUGCUCUGCUUGAAGGAUACCUUUGAUGAAACCAAUGCUGUGUAUCUGGUUCUGGAGCUGGCCGCGGAAGGAGAAUUGUUCAAUUGGAUCGUCAUGAAGCAGAAGUUGACUGAAGAGGAGACUAGAAAGGUCUUCAUUCAACUAUUCCAGGCAACUAAGUACUUGCAUGAGAGGGGAAUCGUUCAUCGAGAUAUUAAACCAGAGAACAUCCUUCUCACAGACAAAGACUUGCAUGUGAAAGUAGCCGAUUUUGGGUUGGCAAAAAUAAUUGGAGAGGAGUCCUUCACCACAACAUUAUGUGGAACUCCUAGCUACGUUGCUCCCGAAAUUCUGGAAGACUCGAGACACCGUCGAUACACUAGAGCCGUUGAUGUCUGGUCAUUAGGUGUAGUACUCUACAUCUGUCUCUGUGGAUUUCCUCCAUUCUCAGACGAACUCAACACGAGAGAAAAUCCAUAUACUCUCACGCAGCAGAUCAAGACUGGAAGGUUUGAUUACCCAUCACCGUACUGGGAUUCCGUUGGAGACCCAGCCCUAGAUCUGAUCGACCGAAUGUUAACAGUUGAUGUGGAGAAGAGAUAUACCAUAGAUGACUGUCUUGAACAUCCAUGGACCACAAGAAAGCCACUGAACCCAAACGACAGCACUGAUGGACUAGUUGGUGGUCUUGCCAACUUGGACUUUAGCAAACGGAAACUGGCUCGAGAGCGGACUCUCCUCAGCAGCAUCAACGACGUGAAGAUCACUAGGGUCAUUGACAUCGAGCCAACAAAAGAUCCAGUCAAAGUCUAUGUCAAGAACCCAAGUGCUAAAAACUUGCAGAACAAAGUUAAUAACUCUGCUCCUUCAACGGAGUCCAACGGGGCGCCUAAAUCAAUUCCUGGGGCGCCGAAGCAAGAAGAAACACCUUCAGCGGCGAGAGAUCCGAAUGAGUUCAUGGACCUUGGUGGUAAGGGUGACAUCGAACUAUUCGGCAACGAAGGUUCGAUUUAUUCUAAGAAUGAAGUGCCAGUGAAGAGUUUCUGAUUGAUGAGCAGGGAGUUAAGCCUGUUCUUGACAACUGAUUCCACUACACGUAGCCUGAUCACUCUUGCACAUUGUGACCAAUAACGGCUUCUAUGUUUUGUAAUACUUUGCUUGUACAUACUGAUAGGGAGGUCAACAGUAGGGUUGGGAAAAAAGUGGAGUCGGUCGUUGUAGGUUGAUUUGGCGACGGUUAAUAUCCUUGAUUGGAACGCGGAGGAGUUGAAAAUCGUGGUAUUUGAAAGGGAAGUCAAAGCAAAUGAAAUCAUUAUGACUUGGUAUUUUUGGAUUACUUUUCUCAAUUUUGACUCGAUCAAGGGAACAUAUAUCCUUAUUUCUAUAUGGCU